GAAAGAUCAAGACUUGGUUUCUUUGCCCACUUUUCUGUCUCACUCAGUUUUCGAUCUUAGCGACAGAGACACUAAAACAUAAGCAAGUUGAAGAGAUGGUGAAAAACACUUUCUCUGAUAAAACUGGACUUAGGAAAGGAACAUGGACACCACAGGAAGACGAGAAAUUGAUUGCUUAUGUUACCAGAUAUGGCCACUGGAAUUGGAACCUUCUCCCCAAGUUUGCAGGUCUGGAGAGGAGUGGAAAAAGUUGCAGGUUAAGGUGGCUGAAUUACUUAAAGCCAGACAUCAAAAGAGGAAACUACACUAAAGAAGAAGAUGAGACUAUCAUCCAGCUGCUCCAACGUCUCGGUAACAGAUGGUCUACAAUUGCUGCUCAACUGCCGGGAAGAACAGACAACGAAAUAAAAAACUAUUGGCACACCAAUCUCAAGAAACGAUACCAACAGAGCUCGAACAUAUGUAGCAAAAUUCAAGUAUCCGAGUCAAAGGAUGAAACUCCGGUCGUAAAACCAGAUCAAAACAAUAUUAAUAAUGUACAAGUUCCUUUCCAAAACUUUCCACCAAUUUCUCGAUUAACCGAUUCAUGCAUGACGUCAUCCUCGAAUGAAUUCUCCACAACCACACAAAAUUUUGAUUUUGUGGAUGCAUACCAAGACUCCAUGAGCGAAAACUUCUGGUUGGAAACAUAUGUGUUUGACACUUCUUGUGAUCCUUGUGAUAUUUUUGUGGGUGAACCCCAUUGCUUUAGCCCUGUGCAUGAUGUACAACUUUGGUGUCACGAUAAUGAGUUUUGUGACAUUGAACAAAAAGUGAUGAAUAAUGUGGAUGAUGAAGAGACAUUGUACAAAUGAAGAACAUGCACAACUCAAAGCUUCUGUUUCAGACAGACAAAAACAAAGUGAUUGUCGCCUCGUACGCUCAUGUUAAUCGGUUUCACCAAACAAAUGAAUAAACUGUAUAUAUUUUAAUAAGUAGAAAUAACAACCACAACAAGAAGGCCACUUCUUUAUGCAUGUUACUUAAACUUUUCAUCAGGCCAAUCCUGGUUGUUUUAUUUGAUUUUGUAAACUAUC